AGGGUGGAGGGUUCCCCCAAAAAGGGGUGGGGGGGGCAGGCAAAAAGAGGACCCCCCCCCCCAGAGCUGGCCGGUUCAGCCCCACGGAGAUCCCCGCGGGUGCCGCGAUCCUGGGAGCUUUUAAAGCGCCUUCCCCACUUUUAAGGGGUUGACUUAAUAGAAUAGAAUAGAAUAGAAUAGAAUAGAAUAGAAUUUUUUAUUGGCCAAGUGUGAUUGGACACACAAGGAAUUUGUCUUGGUGCAUAUGCUCUCAGUGUACAUAAAAGAAAAGAUACGUUCAUCAAGGUACAACAUUUACAACACAAUUGAUGGUCAAUAUAUCAAUAUAAAUCAUAAGGAUUGCCAGCAACAAGUUAUAGUCAUACAGUCAUAGGUGGAAAGAGAUUGGUGAUGGGAACUAUGAAAAGAUUAAUAGUGGAGAUUCAGUAAAUAGUUUGACAGUGUUGAGGGAAUUAUUUGUUUAGCAGAGUGAUGGCCUUCGGGAAAAAACUGUUCUUGUGUCUAGUUGUUCUGGUGUGCAGUGCUCUAUAGCGUCGUUUUGAGGGUAGGAGUUGAAACAGUUUAUGUCCAGGAUGCGAGGGAUCUGCAAAUAUUUUCACGGCCCUCUUCUUGAUUCGUGCAGUAUACAGGUCCUCAAUGGAAGGCAAGUUGGUAGCAAUUAUUUUUCCUGCAGUUCUAAUUAUCCUCUGAAGUCUGUGUUUUUCUUGUUGGGUUGCAGAACCGAACCAGACAGUUAUAGAGGUGCAAAUGACACCUCUAUAAUUCCUCUGUAGAAUUGGAUCAGCAGCUCCUUGGGCAGUUUGAGCUUACUGAGUUGGCGCAGAAAGAACAUUAAGAGGGCGGAGGAGCCAAAGAUGCAGGAGCCCUUCAUGAAGGCAGUUUUGGUACCACCUAAAGGAAGAGAAGGUCUUUCUGGUCCCUCGAUGGAGCAGCCGUUGGGAAGGAUCCCUGAGGAGGAUCCAAUUCGGGUCACGUUGCCACGGAGCAGAAGGCUGUUGAUGGAAGUUGCUGAAACAUCUCCUCUGUGCGGUGAGGCCACAGCCAUAGUGCAGGGCUUGGUGUCCUUUGAGGAGGUGGCUGUGUAUUUCACAGAGGAAGAGUGGGCGCUGCUGAAUCCCAGCCAGAGAGCCUUACACGGGGAAGUCAUGCUGGAGAAUUUUAGGAAUGUGGCCGCUCUGGGUUAUCGCCAGAAGCAAAAUAAUUAUAAGGAGACCAGGGUAGCCCUAUUACAAAUGAUCAAAUCUGAAGAAGGCAUGCUUGGAAAUCAAGGGGCAUCACAGAGGAGUAAAAAAACCUGCACAAUGAAGGGAGGGAAGAGUUUGCCUUCUUUUGAAUAUAAUGCAGUCCAUGACUUCCCAACCCAGCUAGUUCAACAACGAGAAGAUAAAGGAAAAAAUAGUGGAUGUGGUAAGAGAGGUGGCAAGAAAUUAGAUUUCUGUAAGUACCAGACUGAAGAGGAACAAUAUGCGCAUCAAGAGGAUGGGAAGAGUGUCAAUGAUACCUCUUCCGUUAAUUUACAUUACCGAUCGUAUCCCAAGGACACACCACAUUCACACAUAAAUUGUGAGGAAAGUUUCAAUUUGAGCAGUCAUCGUAUUUCCGAUAAUAAUGAAAAACAGUGUGAGUACAAAGAGGGCUCCAAUAAGAAACAGUUGCUUAUUUUACCUGCAGAAACUCCACCGAAGGAGAAACCACAUACAUGUUUGCAAUGCGGAAAGGCCUUCACGCAGAGAUGUAAACUUACCAUACACGAAAGAAUCCACACAGGGGAAAAACCAUAUGUGUGCCUGGUCUGUGGAAAGGCCUUCACGCAGAGAUGUAAGCUAAUCAUACACGAAAGGAUCCACACAGGGGAGAAGCCAUAUGUGUGCCUGGUGUGCGGAAGACGAUUCAAUCAGAGCGGUCACCUAACAAGACAUAAAAGAACCCACACUGGGGAGAAACCCUACGCGUGCCUCAAGUGUGGAAGGAAGUUCAGUGAAAGUUCAAGCCUUGUGAUGCAUGUAAGAAGCCACACGGGAGAGAAACCAUAUAUAUGUACGGAAUGCGGAAAGAGCUUCCGUCAAAACAGUGUCUUUGUUUGCCAUAAAAGGAUCCACACCGGAGAAAAACCAUACAAAUGCACAGAGUGUGGAAAGAACUUCAGUCAGAACAGUAGCCUUUUGAAACAUAAAAGAAUUCAUACAGGGGAAAAACCGUAUCAAUGCCUGGACUGUGGAAAGAGAUUCAGUGUACGCUCGGAUCUUACCUAUCAUAGAAAAAUGCACGCGGGGGAGAAAUCAUUUAAGUGUUUGGAGUGUGGAAAGAGCUUCAAUUGCAACCGUUACUUUAUUCGCCACAAAAAGAUCCACACAGGAGAAAAACCAUACAAGUGCUUGGAGUGCAGAAAGAGCUUCAGUCAGAACAGUCACCUUGUCAAACAUAAAAGGAUUCACACGGGGGAGAAACCCUAUCGGUGCUUGGAGUGUGGAAAAAGCUUUACUGCAGCCUUACAUCUUACGUAUCAUAGGAGAAUGCACACAGGGGAAAAACCUUACAAGUGCUUGGAAUGUGGAAAGAGUUUCAAUUGCAGCAGUUAUUUUGUUUGCCAUAAAAGGAUCCACACAGGGGAGAAACCAUAUAAGUGCCCGGAAUGCGGAAAGCGAUUCAAUAGGAGCAGUCAUCUUGCUUAUCAUAAAAGGAUGCAUACAGGAGAGAAACCGUACAAAUGCACAGAGUGUGGGAAGAGCUUUUCAUAUAGCAAUGGCCUUAGGUACCAUCAAAGAAUCCAUACUGGAGAGAAACCAUAUACCUGCUUGAAGUGUGGAAAGAAAUUCAGUGCAAGUGCAAACCUUAUGAUGCAUAUAAGAAUCCACACUGGGGAGAAACCGUAUAAAUGCACGGAGUGUGGGAAGAGCUUCCGUCAGAACAGCGUCUUUAUUUGCCAUAAAAGGAUCCACACAGGAGAAAAACCGUACAAGUGUACGGAGUGCGGCAAGAACUUCCGUCAGAACAGUAACCUUAUCAUACACAAAAUAAUUCACACAGGAGAGAAACCAUACGAAUGCACAGAAUGUGGAAAGAGCUUCAGUCACAAAAGUCACCUCACGAGACAUAAAAAAAUCCACACGGGAGAGAAACCAUACAAAUGCACAGAGUGUGGAAAGAACUUCAGUCAGAACAGUAGCCUUUUGAAACAUAAAAGAAUUCAUACAGGGGAAAAACCGUAUCAAUGCCUGGACUGUGGAAAGAGAUUCAGUGUACGCGGAUCUUACCUAUCAUAG